AUGUGUAGGUUUUCUGCAGUUCGCACGCUGCGUGGCCGCCCCGAACGCUUCGUAUCAUUCACAGUACCAUUUUUUUCGAACCUUUUUAUCAAACGAUACACAGUUUCACGCCUCGGAACUUGACUGUUAGGAAAUUUUUCGACAAAAUCGGAGAAAAUGUUUCGAUAACCGGCAUGAUAACGGUAGUACGAGGUCACUAAAAACACGCGUUCCGCAAUUGUGAACCGAUAACUCGAUCCCGUUGCCAUGGUUACACAUUCGUUACACAUUUAAAUACCCUCACCGCUCCUUUACACACGAACAACUGUAAGAUAUUCGGUAGAAACGCGUAACCUUGUACUAGUAGGGUGAAACCAAAUCAUGCGCAUUUUGUGUUAGCGUUGCGCGACUUUUGGGCCACUCGUUAUAUAAAAAAGGGUGGAUACCAAAAUUUUUCGAUUCACGAUACCGAUACGUAAAAAAUCGAUUCUUGUUACCGUAUCUGUAUCGACUUUUUGCGAAUGAUUCUCGAUAUCGAUACCAAUGUCCAAGGAUCGGUGGUAUCGAGAAUCAAAUCAUCUCUAAAUAUAUAUAAAACUUAUUCUGAAUGUCAUGAAAACGAUUUUUAAAUUGAAGCCCCUGGACUAAUAAUUCAGAAAAAGCUGAUAACCGAGACGAUUAGUGUGCAGUUUUAUCUCAUUCUGCUUUUUACUUAACAAUCAGAAACACUCUUAAUUGGAGGCUUUGAAAAUCAUAUAAAAGCUUUUAGAUUGUGAUCCAUUUUUUGUAUCCUUUAUAUGUGAGUUUAGCUUGGUUCAACAAAGACUAUGGAUUCUGGUAGAAGUAUUUUUUAUAGAUUUAUCAAAAUUGAUUAAUUAGUAAAUAGAAGAGUGGCCACAAUCGAGAAAUAGAAUCGAUUAUGAGUGUUCGAUUACAAACAUAUGAUACAUUAUAACCAAAGGCCACAUCAAAACAAAAGAGUGGAAGAAAAGAUAACAAACCAGACGAAAAAUAGACAUGGAAGCUUGUCAAGCAGUGGAAAGAGAAAUUGAUAAAGUUUGUGUAAAAUUUGGUGCUAUAAAUGAUCAUGCAAAAAGAGUCCUUUCUGAUUUGGUUAAUCAACUACAAACCUUGAAAGAAGAAUAUGAUAACAGUGGCAAUGAUCAUGUUCUCACUGAGGUCCAAGCUGAUAUUUUGAAACAGAAUAUGACAAAAAUAAAAGAGACAAUAUCAAAAUUGGCGACAGACCAUAGAGAUUUACAUAGCACUGUAUCAAAAGUAGGAAAAGCUAUUGAUAGAAAUUUCACUGCGGACUUUGCGGCAACUAGUCGUGAUGAAGUGUUCAAUAAUCCCGAAAAAAUCAAUCUCAUAAAUAAAGUUAUAUGCCAACAUUUUUAUAGGCAAGGAAUGCACGAUGUAGCAGAUGAACUUGCCCAAGAAUGCUCUAUAACCCCAGAGUCCCAUGAAAAAGAACCGUUCACCGAAAUCAACCACAUUCUAGAAAGACUGAAAAAUAAAGAUCUCGAACCAGCAUUGGCUUGGGCAACAGUACAUCAUGACAAUUUGGAAGCUCAAAAUUCCUCUUUGGAAUUCAUGUUACAUAGGUUGAAAUUCAUUGAAAUUUUACGUCAAGGUUCAUCAUAUCAAACAGAUGCUAUAUGUUAUGCAAGAUUACAUUUCAGGAAGUUUAUGUAUAGACAUGAAAAAGAAAUUCAAAUGCUGAUGGGAAUGUUGCUUUAUGUCCCCAAUGGCAUUAACAGUUCACCAUAUAGUUGCCUUCUGGAUCAGGAACUGUGGAUAGAAAUAUGUGAAUUAUUUUUACGUGAAGCAUGUCAAUUGUUGGGUGUUUGCAUGAACAGUCCAUUGACCACCUGUGUCAAUGCGGGAUGUACUGCCAUACCGGCUUUGCUCAAUAUAAAACAAGUUAUGAUGCAACGACAAGUUAGCGGUAUUUGGAAUGGAAAAGAUGAAUUACCUAUUGAAAUUGAUUUGGGAAAUGAAAACAAAUACCACUCAAUGUUUGCUUGCCCAAUUUUGAGGCAACAAUCGACAAAAUAUAAUCCACCUAUGAGGUUAAUAUGUGGCCACGUGAUAUCUCGUGAUGCUCUAAAUAAGUUAUGUAAUGGAAAUAAAAUGAAAUGUCCGUACUGCCCCAUAGAACAAACUCCGUCAGAAGCAAGACUAAUAUUUUUCUAAUAAACAUACUUGCAAAUAAUAUUUAUUAUAUGUACUAGAAAUAAUUUUUUAUGAACUUUAGUGUUGUGGAAAUGUAGUUAUAUUUGGGUUUGUUAUACUUGAAUUAUAAUUUAUUAUAUAUGUGAUUCAUACAAUAGUAAAAAUAGUUUGUUUAUGUGAAAACUGUUUUUGAAAGUAAAUUUUAUUUACUACCAAAAA